AUGGCGUCAAAAGGCGCCAUGCUGCCUCUGCUGAGGCGUGAGAUGCGCUCCUCCCGAUUCGCACGGGCAAGCCCCGCGUUCGUUGCUCCUCUCCGCUCUCCUGCAACUCCCUUCUCGACUUCCGGCAGACGGUUAGCUCGCCGCACCGCAUCCUUCUUCCCACCCACCCAAACCCGCGCCUUUUCGCAAUCAGUAACACGGCGGUUGACCGAUGAGAAUGGAGACUUUGACCCCCGUUCAAUCGAGCGAGAGUCCGACGAGGUGGACGUCUGCAUUGUAGGAGGCGGCCCCGCUGGCCUCGCCGCCGCCAUUCGGUUGAAACAGCUUGCGAAUGAGGCGGGCAAUGAAGAUUUCCGGGUGAUUCUGCUGGAGAAGGCCGGCGAGCUGGGUGCUCAUAUCGUUUCCGGCAACGUCCUCCAACCGACCGCAUUGAACGAGCUUCUCCCCGACUGGCUGUCAGAAGACAACCCCUCCCGCUUCGAGGGGGCCACUCCGGCCAAGGGCGAUAAGAUGCGCUUCCUCACCAAGAACUCCUCAUUCCCUCUCCCCACCCCACCACAGAUGAACAACCACGGCAAUUACAUUAUCAGCUUGAACGAGUUGUGCAAGUGGCUGGGUGAGCGUGCAGAGGAGUUGGGCGUGGAAGUAUACCCCGGGUUUGCGGCCAGCGAGAUGGUCUAUACCACGGACGGCUCGGUCAAGGGUGUUGCGACCAACGACCUUGGGCUGGGCCGCGACGGCCAGCCGAAGGAUACCUUCGAGCGCGGCAUGGAGUUCCAUGCCCGCGUCACACUUCUCGCGGAAGGCUGCCACGGCAGUUUGACCAAGCAGGUGAUGAAGAAGUACGAUUUGCGCCGGGACAGCCAGCCUCAAACAUAUGGUCUGGGCAUCAAGGAAAUCUGGGAGAUCCAGCCCGAGAAGUUCCAGUCGGGCGAGAUCACCCACUCAAUGGGAUACCCGCUGCCCAAGGAUACGUAUGGUGGUGCAUGGAUGUACCACUUCGGCGACAACAUGGUCAGUAUCGGUCUGGUAGUAGGACUGGACUAUCCGAACCCGUGGCUUUCGCCGUACCAGGAGUUCCAGAAGCUGAAGCAGCACCCCAUGUUCCGGGACGUGCUGGAGGGCGGCAAGUGUAUCUCCUACGGCGCGCGUGCCUUGAACGAGGGUGGCUUCCAGUCGAUCCCCAAGUGCGCGUUCCCCGGUGGUGCUCUGAUUGGCGACACGGCUGGAUUCCUGAACGUCCCCAAGAUCAAGGGUACUCACACUGCGAUGAAGUCGGGCAUGAUGGCCGCCGAGGCCACAUUCUCGGCCCUGCAAAGCGAAAACGAGGGCACGGUGUUCCUGUUCGACUAUGAGAAGGCUCUGCGGGAAUCCUCCAUCUGGAAGGAGCUGUACGAGGUGCGCAACAUUCGCCCCUCGUUCAACACGUUCCUCGGCUUUUGGGGCGGCCUGCUCUACUCCGGAUUGGAAUCUAUGAUCCUUCGCGGUCGUGUGCCCUGGACCCUGAGCCACCAUGGCACAGAUGCGGCGGCUACCAAGCCUGCUUCACAGUACCAGAAGAUCGACUACCCCAAGCCCGACGGCGAGAUCACCUUCGACGUCCUGACCAGUGUGAGCCGCACGGGGACCAACCACGAGGAGGACCAGCCGGUGCACCUGCAGGUGAAGGACUGGGAGAAGCACAAGGACCUGGCCUGGCCUGUGUAUAAGGGCGUGGAGAACCGGUUCUGCCCGGCGGGUGUGUACGAGUACGUCGAGGACUCCACCAAGCAGCACGGUGUCCGGUUCCAGAUCAACGCGCAAAACUGUAUUCAUUGCAAGACCUGUGAUAUUAAGGUGCCUACGCAGGACAUCAACUGGCAGACCCCUCAGGGUGGUGAGGGUCCCAAGUACAUCAUGACAUGA